CCUUUCCGAACAUGCAAAAUGAAUCCUUGGCAUUAGGAGUUGUGAAAUAUAUCCAGAAAUUGUACCUGGAGGUACAGUUACCACAUGGGUUUCUGGGCCGAGUUAAUAUAUAUGAUGUGAGUGAUAAGUAUACUGAACUUCUAAGGAAAUCUGCAGAAACUGGUAUAAUACAGGAUAAUCUUGUCGAACUUUCAGACAUGUUCAGAGUUGGCCAAACUGUCAGGUGCUUCAUUAAGGAGGCUGACAGCAGUCAUACGAGUGGUUCCAAUAAGAAAUAUCUCGUCUCGUUAAAUCCGAAGAUGGUGAAUAAAGCUGUGAUAUCCAAGAAUGUGAAACCUCAUAUGGUGUUUGUUGGUUCAGUCGUUAGUGUAGAAGAUCACGGAUACAUACUAGAUGCUGGUGUAUCCAGGAUGAAUUGUUUCUUACCCAGAGACCAAGUUGAUGCGAACCUUGAUAUUGGUAGCUUGAUUCCUUUUACUCUACUCGUGCCGGAUCCACAAGUAAAUAGCACUUGUGAACGAGUUUUGAAAGUAACUACUCGUUUGGAUUCAACUUUAUCUGUGUUGAAUCCUGAUUCUUGUAUAAACUUUGACUGUAUACUCCCUGGUACUUGUCUUCACGCCUCAAUUGUAAAGAAGGUCACAUCGACUCUAGUCGCAGAGUUCUCAGAACACUUUAUUUCAAUCUCGCGCACACACUACAUCGGAAACAAAGAAGACUAUCAAAUAGGAGCCAAUGUUAUUGUUUGUGUCAUAUUGGUGGAUCCCAGUACAAAACAAUUAACAGGCUCUCUGCUUCCUCAUCUAGUCAAUCCGAUUCCUUCCGUCCUCAAUAUUUCAGACAUGCUGUCCAAGUGUUCUGUUGGUACACGUUUCUCGAGUUCAUUAGUAGAGCGUGUAAAUAAACGUGCUAUUCUUGUCAAAUUACCUAAAACAAAUGGAUUCAAAGCAGUUAUCAGAGUAUGUAAACCAUUACUGGCUGGUUUUGUUUUUCUCCCUAAACCUGACACGUUUUCUAAUAUCGUAAUAAAUCUCCGAAUGUGUCAAUCGUCAUAUUGA